AUGUCAAAUCAAUCAUCAUACAAAUCAGAUGUGACUAAUUUUUCAGUGACAGAUGAUAACAAUCUCAUUGGAUUUAAGCAAAUCAAAACUUUUGAAUGGACUACAAGACUUGAAAGGUGUUUGCUACUAAACAUGAUACGUCUGAAGCCUUGUGGAAUUAACAAACACUUAAGUAUACUUCUACUAAAAGAAAAAAUAAGUAAAGAAUUAGAACUUAAUAUACCAAUUAAGGUUCUAUGGAAUUAUAUGUCAUCUAAAUGGGAUAUCAGAGCUGCUGAUAUUAUAGAACAUAUAAGUUUUAAUACUAGUGAGAAAGAUUUUGUUUUACCAGAAGAGUUUGACCAGUUGAUUUUUGAAGAAGGAGAAAAAAUUAAAAAACUAGAGAAAGAAUGUUUAAAUGAUGAAAUUAAUAAGAAAAAAUUAUUAAAUUGGAGUGGUAAAACAAGAUCCAAGUCUAAUUCUAUGUCCUCUGUAGAUUCGAAGGAAGGUCUCAAUGAGACAAUUCCUUCAACAAUAUUAGAAAGCUCUCCAGCUAAAACAAAUGAAGUUGGAUUUGACGAUGGUCCGUGUACUAGAAGAUCAUUGCGUACAAAUGACAAACUAGAAAAUAGUAAAUCUGAUGAAAAAAACAAGUUAAAAGAUUUGAAACAGAUAAAUAAAAAAACAUCAAAUCAAUCUAAAGAUGUGGACAAGAUGGAAAAAGUCUCAAAGUUUAGAGGUCGAAAAAGAAAAAGUAGAAAUGUGUCAGAAUCUAGUUUUAGUUCUGAUAAUAGCAAACAGCGUAGGAAUUAUAAAAAUAAUUUAACAGAUUUAACUAUUUCGGAUAGCUCGUCUAGGUCAGUAACUCCAGAGAUUCUGCGAGGUAAAACAUCAAACCGUUCAGUUACACCUGAUACUAUUAGUAGAAAAUCAAACUUGCGCUCUAGUGAUAAAGACCAGAAAUCUAAACUUGCAUUAGAAAAAGCAUGUUUAAAAUUUGGUCAUCACGUUGAUCUGGUUAGGUUACCAGAAAUAAAAAUUGAACGACUAAAAACUGAAAAACAAUUUUUAUCUUUAAUGGAUGCUAAGUCUAAAAAUUUAACACAUAGUAAAAAUGAAGCAAAUAACAAAGUAAAAACUAAAAUACGUAAUAGAGUAACAUCCGAUCUAUUAGUAGUUCAACAAUCUCCAGAAAUACAAUCAUUAGGCAGGCGCUCUUGUAGCAAUAAAAAUUCAUAA